CGGGUUUGUCAAAAAUUUCUGCCCGACACCUUCUGGAACACAUACCCGACCGGGUAUGGUGGUAUACCCGACCGGGUUUGUCAAAAAUAUCUUCCAGACACUUUCUGGAACACAUACCCGACCGGGUAUGGUGGUACACCCGACCGGGUUUGUCAAAAAAAAAUUCUGCCCGAACCCACUGGAACUUAUACCCGAUCGGGUAUAGUAUGUUACCCGACCGGGUACACCUCGAAGUGUUCGUCAAAUGAAAAAGUUGUCUUCAUGAAAGUUGUAGAUAUUUUCAUUGUCUAAAUGAUGGAAUUUGAAUCGAACGAUUUGGUUAAGUAUGUGAAGAGAUAUGAUCAAAACGGUGAGACAGUGUCAAUCUAUAUCCCAACUGCGAACGUCAACCAUAAUUGGGGGAUUUUGCCCACUUUAAGGACAUGAUUUCGCAUUAUGUUCUUCGUAGGAUUGGUCGGUAUGUUAGAGAGGUAUCUUACAUGGUUUAUAAAUGUAGGAACACUAAAGAUUAAUGGGAGAUGUGCGAGAAUCCUCAUCGAUACCGGGGCGCAACGAUCAUUUGUGAGUGAGGCAUUCGCCGGGGGAUUCAACGCACCCCUGGUACCGAUGGAUCAAGCCCUAUUGGUAUCCACACCCCUAGGGGAAGACAUCGAGAGAGAUAGCCACUAUCCAUCGUGUGAGGUGGAAGUGGAGGGCCAAAACUUGUCGUGUGAUUUCGUGCCGCUGAGUAUGAUUGAGUUCGAUGCAAUCCUGGGGAUGGAUUGGCUUGAGAAGCAUCAUGCUAGGGUCGAUUGUUACACGAAAGUACUUGAACUCGAAGGCAAUGAAGGGGUAACCUUACGCUUCGAGGGGGAUAGGGCAAAAUCCAAUAGUUGUAUCAUAUCCGC